ACCUUUGGAUUACGGUUGGAGUAACGUGAUAAUAUUAUUUAGAACUGAUAAAGAAAUAGAUAAGUAACUUAGUGACAUUAAACAUUUUACAUUUCUAUUAACUAAUAGCCAUUAGGUUUUUAAAUAAUGAAUGAUUUUUCACUGUCUCGUAGAGAAUGUAAUUAACCGCGCGUGUAAGUGUGUAUGUGUGUGUGUGUUUUAUUUUAAUUUUAAUAUUAAUUUUAUCAACUAGCGUCUACUGUAUAACAUAUUAAUUGUAAUUUCCUAUCAUAGAAAAUGGUGAAAACAAGAACGUUUUUAUUAUUACACCUAAUACAUAAUUUGAAUACUUUAUGCAGCAAAUGAUUUUCGCUUUACAAUCGUAUUAAUUAUAUCGUAAAUAAUGCUUCAAGUCAAAAAAGAGUAUAUUGGAAACUGCAGCAACCAUUUAGAAUACGCCAAUGGAUUACAAGUUAAAGAAGAGUUCCAAAAUAAGUCAAUCGUUACUUCAUUGUCUAUUAAUCAGAAUACUAAUAACGAGUGCGAUGUUGUGGUAAAAAAAGAAGGUCGCAAUGAAGUAUUGCAAAACCCCAACUCACAUUCAUGCAACUCAAAAACUAAAGACAAUAGCUAUAAAGAGAAAGUGUUUGUUUUUAAUUACAAAUAUUCAAAUGAUAACUUAUUGUCCAAUGCAAAUUUAAAGACAUCAAAAGGUACUGAAAACAGUUUUGAUCGAUCAAAUAUUAGCGAAAAGACUAAAAAUAUUACCAGUACUGCAGAUUCACAACAGUUAAAUGAUGAGAUCAGUGAUUGCAUUAAGGCUAUCAAUAGUGAUGUAUCUACUGACAAAGACGAUAUUAUUUUGGUGGAUCACACAGUUGAAGACGAUUCGUUGUCUAACAAUUAUAGUCCAAACCCAAAUCGUAAAAGAAAAAUGAUACAUUCAAAAAGGUCUUACAGUAGCAGUAGCUGGGAAACGGAUAGUGAUAAUUCUAGUAUCAAUAAAAAGAAAAAACUGCCAAAAAACAAGAACUUGAUCAAGUCAAAUUUUCGACGACAAAAACCAAUAUCUGGUAAAGAACUAGCUUUAGGCAUUCCCGAUAUUUUUACUGAUCAAGCUGAAGAUGUCCUACUAUGGAAAACUACUUUGGAACGUUUUUUGCAAAACUGUUUGUGUUUGAGUUUACCGCCAAAAAUAAGUAAAUGCAUUGAAUGCCGUCUAUAUCAAUCAAAUACAAACUUGACCAAACGUGAUUACGAUAGCAUUACAUGCAGAUUUUAUGCGUUCCGUUUAUUACGAUUUACAAAAACUGGUAAAUUGUCUGUUGCUGGAUACCUAGACCCGUAUAAGGACCUCAGCAACUUGGAGUUGAACAUGUGGUUACCCGAUACAAACAAUGUACCUGAAAACUAUGAUGUGCAAGUAUCUAUAAAGGUGUUGGAAGACGCUGGAGGUCAAUUUUGUAAGUUUGUUCAAGAUGAAAAUGAAGCGUUACGCCUAAAUUGGCCAAUAAAAAGAAAAAAGCGCAGAGUAGCAUGGAAAAAAAAUGUAAACGGAAUUCGAGAGAUGUGCGACGUCUGUAAAACAACAAUAUUCAAUCAUCAUUGGGUUUGCGGAAAAUGUGGUUUUGUGGUCUGCGUCGAUUGUUACAAAAGUAAGCUUCUCAGAGUUCCAUCACCAGACCCAUCGAAUUGUAAAAAAGCCGGAGAUAGAAGGAAACGAGAUAAAGACAUGUGGUUGUAUUGUUCCGAUCAAGAAGAACAUCAACUUGAUCAGUUGACCAUCACUCAAAUACUCGCUGGGGAUUCGUUAAAUCUUAUGUCUAAGUACAUGCACACCAUUUGCUUCAAUCAUAAAAUACGUUUAAACUGCGAGUGUUUACCGAAACCAGAGAUAUAUGCGUCUCCUGUCGAUUUACGUUCUAUUAGUGAUAUGUGUAUGAACAAUGUGUGCAGUAGUUCAGAUGAAGAAGAUGAAAUAAAUACUCCAGCCCUAAAGAAACUAUUGAGCAAAAAAUGUUUUGCGUUUUAUGUUCAAAAUAAGACUGAAGAAGAUGAGAUAGUUAGUAGUACAUGUAGUUUAGGAGAUCCUUUUAUUAACAAUGAAGUUGAUCAAGUCAAUAAAUGUAUAAAUACCAAAGUAUUACCUAUGCCAAAACUUUCGUUGUUGACUGAUAAUUUAACAGAUGUACCUCAUAUGUGGCUGUGCGAUGGACGUUUACUUCGUUUACUAGAUCCAAUGAACAAUGCCAACUAUAAUCUAUUUCAGAACCAAUGGAAACGAGGACAACCGGUAAUGGUGAGUGAUGUUGGUAAAAAUUUGUCUCCCUCGUUGUGGCAUCCUAAAUCGUUUUCUCGCGAUUUUGGUGACCACAUAAACGAUUUGAUCAAUUGUGCCAAUGGUAAACUCGUUCGAAAUCAACCAAUGCGAAAAUUUUGGGAUGGUUUUGAAAAUGCCGCCGAACGAUUAUACGACAACAAGGGUAGUUCCAUGUUGUUAAAACUUAAAGACUGGCCACCAUCGGCUGACUUUGCCGAAACUCUUCCGGAUAGAUUUCAAGACUUAAUGAAUUCUUUACCAUUAAAAGAAUAUACCCACCGUAAUGGUAAAUUUAAUUUAGCAUCUCGUCUUCCUGAAGGGUUUGUUCGGCCCGAUUUAGGUCCAAAAAUGUAUACGGCCUACGGCAAUGCAGGUACAAAGUGUAAACUUUUGGGCACAACUAAUUUACAUUUAGACAUAUCUGACGCAGUUAAUGUUAUGGUUUUUGUUUCCAUUACGAAAAAUUGCAAAGAGCUAGAUUAUAACUGGCACAUUGAGCAAGCGCAUCAAGUAAUCGAAGAAGCCGGCUGUGAUGAUUUCACCAAACAGCGAGUGUAUGAACACGGAGAGAUCCCCGGUGCUUUAUGGCAUAUUUACCAUGCGUCAGAUGCUGAUUGUAUUCGAGAUUUAUUAAAUAAAGUUUCCAUUGAGCAAGGAAUUUAUCCAAAAAAACAUCAUGAUCCCAUCCACGAUCAAUCUCAUUACUUGGAUGCUAAUCUUCGAGAAAGAUUGUUUAGAGACUAUGGAGUCAAAGGCUAUCCAAUUGUACAGUGUUACGGUGAUGCGGUUUUCAUUCCAGCUGGAGCCCCCCAUCAGGUCAGAAAUUUACAUAACUGCAUCAAAGUGGCUGAGGACUUUGUUUCGCCGGAAAACGUACACCAUUCGUUUCGCAUGACCCAAGAAUUUCGUGAUCUUACUGACGGCCAUACGAACCACGAAGACAAAUUACAAAUAAAAAAUAUCGUUUUCCACGCAAUCAAAGAUUCUCUGUCAGUACUUAUGAAACAACACAAACAGUAAUCUAUUUGUUUUUUUUCCCCACUGUAGACUGAGUUGAAGCCCAUGUUAAAUAUUAUUACAGUCUAAUUAUAGUAGUGUUCAUUAUUUUUAUUUUGUUAAUAAGAUUAAUUUAAAAAAAAUCUGUUUUACUGUUAGUUUUACUAUACAUUUUUUUUAAAUAUAAAUUUGUAAAUUUACUAUUAUUAUAAUAGAUACUAUCUUUCGGUUUUCUUGCUACCUCAACAUGUUUUUAUCUAGCAUAAGCUUUGUUAGGGAAUGAUAUUUUCAACGUACCUGCACUAACUAUAUUAAUGUUUAAUUAUUUGUUACAAUUACUUAGUAUUAUUAUUAAUACUACACCUUAAUAAUGUAACUUUUGUUGAUUACAUUCAAAUGUAUAAAUUGUACAAAUCAAAUCUCAAAACUCAAUUGUUUAUCAAUUGCCUCGAAUCGCAUCAUAAAAAAAAAAAAUGUAAUUUAAGCGAUUAACCCAGUUUAGAACUUAUGAUUUAUAUCGAGCUCGAUCUGUGUACAAAAUCAAAUAAAUGUUAACGAUUUGCUUUAAAAAUUUUAAAAUUGUAUGCUAACCUUUUUUUAGUUUCUAUAAAUUCAAUUUUAGUACAAAUUAAUUAAUUUUUA